GCCGCGGUUUAGUGCGCAUCGACGACUACGCAGCCGGGACACUUUUUCCUGCGUAUGGCCGCGGACGCGGCUGGCGGCUGCAACGCGAGGGGAUGCAACUUUGGAGAAAUUUUCAAGUUCGCAGGUCGAAUUUGCAGCGCAUCUUGUAAAGCGAGGAGCCUCAAGUGCAAAGGAAGGCCGGUAACGCCCGGAAAGAGCAGAAGCAUGCGUAGGUGAGGCGCAACGGCGAGUUUUCGGCACCGUCUUUUGCAGCGCUCGGCGGCGUUUCCAGAGAGCUGUGCCCAGGCGCUGCCGGAGUAGGGCGCACUCUUGCAACCAGGUAGCGCAACCUGUCUAGGCCUAGCAGCGGACGACGCAACGCUCGCACUGAACCACGUUUCUGAAGCGUAACGACGAAUGUAUCGGGCGUGUCAUUGUGUGAUUUGGUUGAUUUGAAGUAGCCAGGACAACUAAGCCGGCCGGCGAGUAGUUUGUUGUAUCGGUGCGGGCUAUUGCGGCCGACAGUUUGCUCGGCCGACCCUACUCUGGUUUCGCAAGCGUUCCAAGCCAGCGAGCUUCGCCGGCGGCUCUGCGCAGCGCUUGGCUAGAAACGAAGCCGUGUGAAGGCUACGGCGCGCGUCAGAUGAUACCGGCAGCGGAAGAUUGCAGCAAAUUUUUGACGUCGACGUAGGAACGAAGGCGUGAGACGCUCGCUUAUUUAUGCGCAAAUCUUCGCCUUCACGUGCGGUGGGCCGCACUGUCAAAAAGUCGCGCAAAGUUUUGCGAGCGCACGAUUCCUAGCCUCGACGCCAGCGCAUCCCCUCGUCGACUGGCCCAAGAUCGUCUGCAACCGCGAGGCCCCGGCUGCAACGGAAAACGCGACGGUCGCAGGACAUCGGAAGACAAACGUACGCGACUGCCACUUUUGACCGGACAGAUUUUAUUUUUCGCCGCGAGUUUUGUUCACUAGCCUCUCGUGCCGAACUUGAUGACAAGUCGCGGUAGAGGCGAGAGAAGGGGAAGCCGAGAAAGUUUUCUCUCGUAACCUCGGCUCCAGCGAUCCGAUCGGCGAAAGACCAACCAACCCCACGCUGUGUGUGUUUUGUGCGUGCGUGCGUGCGGUUUUGUCGGUGCGGCCGCCGCCGGUUGAAUGGGCCUUGUCGUAAAGCGAGUAGCGUAGAGGCUGCAGCGACGAGCCCCGAUGCUGACGUCCGAGACGGCGGCAUGCGCAAGUUGUCCAAGUCCAAGAGCGGCAGUGACAAGGCGGCGUCGUCGUCCAUCGGCGGCGGGUCCCACGACGCGACGGCGCUGCGCCUAGCCAGCUACCGCGGCGGGGAAGCGGCAGUGUCCGUGCCGUCGUCGACGGAAAGCCCUAAGGUUAGUCCUAGCUCGCCCGAGGACGACCACGGGGCGAGUUCGUCGGAACCUGUUGCCGCCGCGGCGCCCGAACAGCGCACCAUGAGCGGUCUCGACCAGCCGUCGACGAGCCGGGGGGACGUUGUCAAGCGAGCGUCUUGCUGCUGCCAUGUGGAAUGCUGUGGCGGAGGGGACGCCUCUACCGGCACCAACGAGGACAACGGGCGGGACGUCUCUCCCAUGUCGCCACCAUCACCCUUGCCCCCAACACCCCAGGAGAAAAAGCUGAGCUCGGGGUCACUCGGAAGCGGCGAUGCAGCGCGGCCGAAACAGGUGACUGUCACGCACCCCGGAACAACGAAGCCCAAGCCAACAUCCAAGAAGAAGGGCUCCAUUCAAGCCGAUCUCCUGUACGCCCAGUGCCACAGCUCGUCGCAGCGCAUCAUGGCCGGGGUGAAAUUUAAGAUGGACGAGUGGCUCAGCAACCUGUCGAACAAGGUCAAGACGGAUGUAUCCAAAGAGCUGUGCCGCUGUCGAGACCAAGGUGCCACACGCCUGGACCUCAGCAAAUCUAGCAUCACGGUACUGCCGUCGUCGGUGCGCGAGCUGAGCCACCUGGAGGAGUUCUACCUGUAUGGCAACAAGCUGGCGACGCUGCCCGACGAGUUGGGCAGCCUGGUCCACCUGGAGACGCUGGCGCUCUCCGAGAACUCCCUCACCACCCUUCCGGACACCCUCGCGAACCUCAAGCAACUACGUGUGCUCGACGUCCGACACAACAAGCUCAACGAGAUCCCCGAAGUUGUGUACAAGUUGACAUCGCUGACCACGCUGUUCCUGCGCUUCAACAGGAUACGAGAAGUCAGCGAGAACAUAGCCAAUUUAACGAAUUUGACGAUGCUGAGCCUGCGGGAGAACAAGAUCCGGGAGCUUCCAGCAGGCAUAGGCAAGCUGACGCAACUGGUCACCUUCGACGCUUCCAACAACCACCUCAAGCACCUGCCUGCGGAGAUUGGGAACUGUGUGCAGCUGUCGACGCUCGAUGUCCAGCACAAUGAGCUUGUGGACCUGCCCGACACGAUAGGCAACCUCACGGUGCUUUCCCGGUUCGGCAUAAGGUAUAAUCAGCUGACGGCCGUGCCAAAGUCCUUGAGCAAUUGUGUCCUCAUCACGGACUUCAACGUCGAGAGCAACUUGGUCUCCCAACUACCCGAAGGACUUUUAGCGAGCUUCACGAAUCUGCACACCCUCACUUUGUCGCGAAACAAUUUCUCUUCGUACCCGUCGGGGGGACCGGCCCAAUUCACUACAGUCACCUCCAUCAACAUGGAGCAUAACCAAAUAAACAAGAUCCCCUUUGGGAUCUUCUCACGUGCCAAGCACCUAUCCAAGCUCAACAUGAAGGAGAACCAGCUCACGUCACUACCUCUCGACCUGGGCACGUGGACGACCAUGGUGGAGCUGAACCUGGGCACAAACCAGCUGAGCAAGAUCCCCGACGACAUCCAGUACCUGGUGUGCCUCGAGGUGCUUACGCUCAGUAACAACCUGCUGCGGCGCCUGCCCUCCACCAUCGGGAACCUGAAUGCGCUGCGCGUGCUUGACCUCGAGGAGAACCGCCUCGACAGCCUGCCAAACGAGAUCGGGCACCUGCGGCAGCUGCACAAGCUGGUGGUGCAGAGCAACCAGUUGACCAACCUGCCGCGUGCCAUCGGCUACCUGAGCAACCUCACCUACUUGAGUGUCGGCGAGAACAACCUGAACCAGAUUCCCGAGGAGAUCGGCACGCUGGAGAACCUGGAGUCCCUGUACAUCAACGACAACCCAAACCUGCACAGCCUGCCCUUCGAGCUGGCCCUGUGCACCAACCUGCAGAUCAUGAGCAUCGAGAACUGCCCCCUAUCACAGAUACCCGCCGAAAUUGUCAACGGCGGGCCCUCGCUUGUCAUCCAGUACCUCAAGAUGAAGGGACCCUACCGGACGCUGUGACAUCGAUCCAACCCGGAGACCACCCCCGGUGGCAAGAAACGGUGGCACCCCACUGGCCGUCUGGCUACACCAAACGCAAAUGGCCUCGCCAGGGCCCGGUGGCACGCGCUCUUCGCGGGAGACUCCCUUGCCACUGUUGCCAGGUGUCUCCGCAACACGCUGUUGAAGCUCUGAGAGCCCACUUCUGCCGGCAGUGCUCCGCGGCCUCUGCUGCGGCAAUGGGCAGCGCAACGGGCUCGCACGAUGGACUCUCUGCCGACAACGAUCCCUCGCUCGUUAACUUCCCAAACGUGCCAACAGUGACACACGCCGCCACCUGCGCAACGUUGCCGGGAUUUCUGCUUGCGGUGCAGAGACUGGAAAUCCAAAAGUGUGCGACAAUGGUGCGGGCGCGUGUUGGGUUCUAGGUCGGCGAUCACCCCCAAACUUUCAAACACCCUGGUGCAAGCGUCGCUUUAUUGCAGACACCGGUGCAACAAGACAGUGCCGACAGACUAGUGCUUGAAACACGGGAGAAAUACAGUAAGCAUCGGAUCACACACACAUUGAGUCAGGCCAGUGGUUUGAAGCACUGGUUCGGGAAUAGUUGUUUUGGGUGCUGGUUUGUGGCUAGCUCAUGUAGGUGCAAAAGCGGGCCCUAAUGCCAGCCAACGAAUUUAUGUGCAGGGAGAAGUAGCAAUGUAACCCUGAAGAUGUUAACAUUUGUCGGUGCUGCCAACUCCACCCUGAAGAACAGCGUUCUCAUCUCAAAAGAUUGUGGAACGGAAGGCAGUGCUCAAGUUCGACGAGGUCAACACUGCAUGUUGACAUUGCCGGCAGCGAUACAGUUGAAGGCUGUCUUAUCGUCGGUUUGUUGAAAGUCAUCGGGCUGCCUUCUGUUGUCCAUUUUGUUUGUGAGGCAUUUUGUGACGUUUCCCCUGUUUUUGAUCUCGGUGCGUGCAUAUUUCAACGAUGGAGCUGAUCUCCCAGUUUCAAGAAAGGUUGAGCUGGCAACAAGCAAAUGAAUGGAAGCUCUCCAAGAGAAACAUUACAUGCUUCCAUUGAAAAAGGAGGCACAGAAAGUAGAACUUUCUAUAAGAAAUGGUUUUGGCGUGUUGCCAUGGGGUUUUUGCCGAGCAGAAAUCAGAAGCCAUUUCGUCUUCCGGCCUGUUUAACCGCGGCUUGUUGUUGUCUCGGGUGUUAUUUCUUUGUCAUUCUAAUAUUUUUUUAUCACCGGCAGCAACAAAAGAAAGCUUGGUUUAUGAAUUGCUGGCAUCACUGUGUGAAGUUUGCCCCGACGUAGGUUUGCAACUUCAUGCAGCACCAUGUCUUUAGCUAAGGUGUUGCAGGAAAUGCCUCUUUGUUGAGAAUCAGUGAUGGUGUAACAAAAAUUUGGGUUUGAAGCCGGCAAAGGACGGAAGAUCAAAAACUUUGACAAAGUGCACACGGUUCACCUCAUCUUGAAAGAGAGAAGAGUGUGUGGAGGAAAUUUGCUGGCUUCGCAAAGUUUGGCCUUUUGCAUCAGCUGUUCACGGCAUCGUCUCUCCAUUACUCACCCUUGUGCAAGUGCUCGCUGCUAACUUCUUUUUUUUUUUUAAUCCUAUUUUGCUGGUUUUCAAUCGUGUGUCAUGCACUGAACACGAUCGUAACGUCUCGUUGGCUUGGACAAAGCUUCGUCGGUGAAAAACGUUUCAGCUGAAUGUAUUUCGGCGUUGGAGUUAACACAGCAUUCACACUAUAUACUAGACUCUGGACUGCUGUAACACUCUCCCCGAGGAAGUGAUGGACAGCCUGUUUAAAUGUUGACAACCGCGCCGAGAAAAAGAUAAUGGACGGCAGACAAUGUCGCCAAAUGUUGAAAACUUGUUCCGCGUGGAGCCAAAGAAAAAAGUGAUUCCUUUACUGUUGAUGCAACAAUUAUUUAUAUACUCUCGCAUUUUAGUUGUUCGUUUAUUUUUUUUUUUGCAAUUUUUUUAACUUGGUGACCAAGCAAUGGGAAGUUAUUUUUUAAGCCCAUUUCUUGCUUUUAUUGCAUAGAAUCUGUGCCUCUUUUUUUUAACACUUUUUAUGCCAUUUUGCUGCUUUCUUGAAUAUUUUUUAAAUUAUAAUCAUGCUUUUAAUUGCGAAACAUCCCCUCUCUUCAACAUCAGUGUCAUCUGUUCCCGCCCAGACUCGUGUCCAACGAUUCGGUGCUUCUACGAUUACGCUGAGCCGGACUUGCACGCCAUUGUUGAUUGUUCUUUUAUUUUCUGUUGAGUGGGGAUGGUUCACAAAAGGCUGCAUUUUUAGCCAAUAAAAUUGAAAGAACAUUUAUUCUGAAAUAA